GUGCGUCACGUGUCUCGCGGCGCCUGCAGGAAGUCGAAGCGGCGGAACGAGCGGUCAGUCGGAGAGCGAGAGAGGAGGCGAGCGCUGCGUUACAGACGGAGGGACGGGCAGACUGUCGGUCGGUCGGUCGGUCGUGACGUCUCGAGAUCAUGGUGGUCCCGGCCCGCAGCGUGUGCCGCUGAGAGGAGAGGGGCGCGGCGCUGCCCGGGAUGGAGCUCUUUCAGGCUAAAGACCACUACAUCCUUCAGAGCGGGGAGAACGCGCUGUGGUGCAGCCGGAGCGACGGCAGCGUGAGCGUCAGACCCGCCACUGACUUGCUGCUGGCAUGGAAUCCUGUUUGCCUCGGCCUGGUGGAGGGCAUCGUGGGAAAGAUUCAGCUUCAUGCAGACCUCCCACUGGGCCUCGUCCUCAUCCGCCAGAAGGCCUUGGCUGGCAAGCUGCCAGGGAACCAUGAGGUAUACAAAAUCACCAAGAUCUGUGUGAUCCCCUUGUCAGACGAUGAGCCGCAGGACUUGGAGCUGGAGUUGUGUAAGAAGCACCAUUUUGGGAUUAACAAGACCGACCGAAUUACUCAGUCGCCGGAUGAUUCCAAGUUUCUGCUCAAGACCCUCAGCCAGAUCAAAUCUAACGUUGCUGUGCCCAUGAAGAAAAAGGUGAAGGAGAACAAAGAAAAGGAGCGGCUGGAGCGGCGGCUGCUUGAAGAAUUGCUCAAGAUCUUCAUGGACUCCGAUUCCUUCUACUAUAGCUUGACCUAUGACCUGACGAAUACUGUGCAGCGGCAGAGUGAGCGAGACGGGCGUGAUGUGCCACUCUGGCAGAAGGUGGACGACAGAUUCUUUUGGAACAAGCACAUGCUGGAGGACCUCCUCAAUUUAAAAGACCCGAAAGCCGAUUUCUGGGUUCUCCCCAUCAUUCAGGGAUUUUUUCAGACAGAAGAGCUGGUGGUGAACUACAAUGACACCUCUGAUGAGGAGAAGAGCAGCCCUGAAACCCCCGCCCAUGAUUCUGGCUGCGUGGACGACCUCCACCCUCGCUUUGUGGUGGCCCUCAUCUCUCGCCGAAGUCGGCACCGUGCAGGUAUGAGGUAUAAAAGGAGAGGGGUGGACAAGAAUGGCAAUGUGGCAAAUUACGUGGAGACGGAGCAGCUGAUCCACGUCCACAGCCACACGCUGUCGUUCGUCCAGACGAGGGGCUCCGUCCCGGUGUUCUGGAGUCAGGUGGGCUAUCGCUACAAUCCUCGUCCUCGCCUGGAGAAGGGAGAACAAGAGAACAUUCCGUACUUUGCAGCACAUUUUGAAGAGCAGCUCAAGAUCUACAAGAAGCAGGUUAUCAUUAACUUGGUGGACCAAACCGGGAGGGAGAAGCUCAUCGGAGACGCCUACCUCAAGCAGGUUCUGCGCUACAACAGCCCUGACCUCACCUACGUGUCCUUUGACUUCCAUGAGCACUGCCGAGGGAUGAAGUUUGAGAACGUCCAGACCCUGACUGAUGCCAUCAGUGACAUCAUCCUUGACAUGAAGUGGUGCUGGGUGGACCAGGCGGGAGUGAUCUGCAAGCAGGAAGGCAUCUUCCGAGUGAACUGCAUGGACUGUCUGGAUCGCACCAACGUGGUACAGGCUGCCAUAGCCAGGGUGGUGAUGGAGCAGCAGUUGAAGAAGCUCGGGGUGAUGCCUCCAGAACAGCCGCUGCCCCUCAAAUGUUACCGAAUCUACCAGAUCAUGUGGGCAAACAACGGGGACACGAUCAGCCGCCAGUACGCCGGCACAGCGGCGCUCAAGGGUGACUUCACCAGGACAGGAGAGCGCAGGCUGACCGGAGUGAUGAAAGACGGGGUCAACUCGGCCAAUCGCUACUACCUGAACCGCUUCAGGGAUGCCUACAGGCAAGCCGUCAUUGACCUCAUGAUGGGCAUCCCGGUGACAGAAGACCUCUACUCGAUCUUCACAAAGGAGAAGGAGCACGAGGCCCGGCAGGCCGGCCAGCGCAGCCAACAGGAGCUGGUCAGCCUCCUCCUGCAGAACUACAUGGAGAUGCUGCUGCCCGACGGAGAGAAGUUCCACGGGGGGUGGGCACUCAUCGACUGUGACCCCAGCCUCAUUGAUGCCACUCACAAAGAUGUUGACGUCCUCCUGCUGCUCUCAAAUGCUGCCUACUACGUGGCCUAUUAUGAUGAUGAUGCCGACAAGGUGAGCCAAUACCAGCGCCUGAGCCUGGACGACCUGGAAAAGAUCGAGAUUGGACCAGAGCCAACGCUUUUUGGGAAGCCCAAGUUCUCCUGCAUGCGGCUGCACUACAGGCACGGCGAGAUGAGUGGGUACUUCCAUACCCUCCGGGCAGUGACCCGCAGCCCUGAAGAUGAUGGCAAAGAUACGCUGCAGUGCAUCGCCGAGAUGUUGAGGAUCACCAGGCAGGGCGCCGGCCAAGACGUCCCGGUGGUGGAGAGGAAGCUGGAAAGAAAGCGCAGCAAGCCUCACGAGGACAUCCUGGGGGUCCAAGGCAAAGGGCAGGGGCAGCUGCUGGGGAGCACAGGACUGGCGCAGGGCAAGAACUUCCUGCUCAACAAGUUCUCGUCGUUAAACCAGAAGGUGAAGCAGACCAAGUCCACCGUCAACAUCGGCAACUUCAAGCCCCUCGGCAAGCUGGGCAACUUCCCCAAACCAGAAAUGAAAGUCAACUUUCUGAAGCCCAACAUGAAGGUCAACCUGUGGAAGUCGGACAGCAGCCUGGACACCGUCGACGGGACCCCGGCGGGCAAACUCAAGGAGCCCUCCGAUUCCGACAUGGAGAUCUCGUCCGACUCGGAUUCCUUCCACUCCGAGAGCGAGGAGGGGAGGCAGCGCGCCGGCUCCCUGGACAACGCCGACUACGUGCUGCCCAGCUGUGGCAUCGUGGUGACGGCGCCCCGCGUGGGCAGCCGCUCCCAGUCCCUCACCAGUACAGACCUCGGCAUCCCCAUCCCCUCCAUCAUCCGGGUCACAAACUGCGACGGCAUCCUGGAGGGCCAGCGCCCCGAGCCCCCCGCUCAGCCCGACGACGGCCUCCUCAUUGACUUUGGCACCCCGAUCGAUGCCUACUGCCACCAGUUUGUGCAGGACGCCCAGAGCAAAUCGCAGACGGCGCCGGAGGCCGAGCCGGGGAUGAGCCCGAGCCGAGCGGCCGAGCCCCCCGCGGACCCUCUGCCCGAGCAGCAGCCCCCGCCGCCCAGACCCUCGAAGCUGGAGGUCCAGUCGGAGGUCACCGUGCUGUCCCUCCAGGCCCCGUCCUCCGCCGCCUCGUCGUCCUCGCAGAAGAGCCUGGGGUCCCAGCUGGAGGUGGACGUCGGCCCCUCCCCCGCCGAGGGCAACGGAGGCCGCGUCGUGUCCCCCUUCGCCAAGAUCCGCAGCUCCAUGGUGCAGGUGGCCAGCCUGACGCAGGCGGGCCUCACCCAGGGCAUCAGCUUUGCGGUGGCCAAGGUGCAGAAGAGCCCUGAGCCCGAGACCCUCAACGAGGCCCAGGAGAACGAGCUGAAGGCCAUGUUCACGCAGUGCCAGACGAGGAUCAUCCAGAUCUAGCGCCCCCCCCUCGUCUGGCUGGACAGACCACCACCUCCCACCCGCCGUAUGUGUUUUAGACGUCUUUAUUUAUUCCUGUCUCGAGUGUUUGUUCGCGCGCGCGGAGGGGAAACAAUCUGCUGGAUUUUAAACCGUCGAUAA